AGGUGCAUACACACGCACGGGCUUGUCAUUUCGUGUUGGUGUUUUGUUAUUUAGCGACUUCGCCUUAUCAUCGUUUCAUUAACUAAUAAAAAGAAAAAUUUAACUGUGAAUCGACUUAGUCCGGAGCCGCGCGGGUUAAAAGCUUAUUCUUUACAGUUUCGGAAGGUUAAUCGCUUCGCAAAUACUGCCGCCUGCCUGCCUGCCUGCCUGCCUGCUCAAUUAUUGUUCUAGUUACAACUGCACUAGAGGCAACAUCGACGAGUAAACGUAAUACAUCCAUUGCGACAAGCCAAGGCGGAACAGCGAAAGACAUGCAAAUGUUUGGCAUCGAUAGUAGAAAAGCCACAACCUUCCCGGCGUAUGUGGUAUCUGGACUUUUGUUGCUGCUAUUCGUACGACACAGUUCGCAACAAAGCGAUUACAAUGACUACAUGAAACGAGAGCAUUCCCUUUUCAAACCCUACCAAGGAUCGGGCAUGACAAUACCGUACUGGGAUUUCAUAGGUACGACUUUCGUAACGAACUCUUACGUUCGGCUGACGCCGGAUCUGCAAUCGAAGAAUGGCGCCAUUUGGAAUCAUGUGCCCUGCACAUCUAUAAAUUGGGAGCUCCAGGUUAAUUUCAAGGUACACGGCAAGGGCAAGGAUCUGUACGGCGAUGGCUUUGCACUUUGGUAUUCUCGGGAUCGGUUACAAACUGGACCGGUGUUCGGCAGCAAGGACAAUUUUAUGGGACUCGCCAUCAUCCUGGACACGUACAGCAACCACAACGGUCCGCAUAACCACCAGCACCCGUACAUUAGCGCCAUGGUGAAUAAUGGUAGCCUUUCGUACGAUCAUGAUCGUGACGGGACCCACACACAGAUAGCAGGUUGCGAGGCCAAAUUCCGGAAUGUGGAAUUUGACACGCAGAUCAACAUCCGGUACGAGAACGAUGUGCUGACCGUGUUUACCGAUCUGGAAAACAAGGCCACGUGGAAAGAGUGCUUCCGAGUGGAGGGCGUUAAACUGCCGACCGGGUAUUACUUCGGUGCAUCGGCGACCACAGGAGACCUGUCCGAUAAUCACGAUAUCAUAUCGAUCAAGUUCUUCGAACUAGAGGCUCCGUCACUACUGGCCGAGGACCGCCGUCAGAUCGUACCGUCGGCAGCUACAUUCGAAGCACCGCGCGAACACAAAGACGAUCCCAAGCCUGGCAUGUCGAACGUGAAAAUAUUCUUCCUUAUUCUUCUCUCCAUGCUGAUAGUCGUUGUGUUGGUUGUGAUAGGCAUUAUGUUCUAUCAGAAACACCAGGAAAACGCUCGGAAGCGGUUCUACUAAGAGCGCACAGUUCAGCCAGGGAAACUAGCUUUGUCUCGUACGGUCGAAUAUCUCUCUCGAAGACCAACCGUGACCCAAUCACACGUUUGAAGUGACG